UAUGCACCCUUUCUUUUCUUAUUAAUUUGCAUGUCCCUUUAACUCUAUCGGCAACAACAGCAUGACACUCCCGUCACACGUGGCUCCCGAUAAUGGCGGAGGCGGCGGUGACGGUAGUGUUCCGCUUGAUUCUGGACUUGCCCGUCUUCAAGAGCUCGGUUACAAGCAAGAGCUCAAGCGUGACCUCUCGGCGAUUUCGAAUUUUGCAUUCUCGUUUGCAAUUAUAUCGAUUCUAACUGGAGUAACCACACUUUACAACACUGGCUUGAACUAUGGUGGACCUGUUUCAUUGGUCUACGGCUGGCUUAUUGCUGGUGCUUUCACCAUGUUUGUUGCUCUAUCAAUGGCUGAGAUUUGUUCAUCGUAUCCAACUUCUGGUGGUCUCUACUAUUGGAGUGCUAAGCUUGCUGGUCCAUCAUGGGCACCCUUUGCUUCUUGGAUCACUGGUUGGUUCAAUAUUGCUGGUCAGUGGGCAGUGACAACAAGUGUAGAUUUCUCACUAGCACAACUGAUUCAGGUUAUUGUACUCCUUAGUACUGGUGGCAAAAAUGGUGGAGGAUAUGAAGCAUCUAAAUAUGUAGUUAUUGCUAUCCAUGGGGGAAUUUUGCUCCUCCAUGGCAUCAUAAACAGCCUUCCUAUAUCAUUGUUAUCAUUCUUAGGACAAUUGGCCGCUUUCUGGAACAUUUUAGGUGUUUUUGUGCUUAUGAUUCUGAUUCCAACUGUUGCAACGGAAAGAGCUAGUGCCAAGUUUGUUUUCACUCAUUUCAAUGCUGAUAAUGGUGCUGGAAUCAGUAGCAAACCCUAUAUAUUUUUGCUGGGACUUCUGAUGGCUCAAUAUACACUAACUGGAUAUGAUGCAUCAGCUCAUAUGACAGAGGAAACCAAAAAUGCUGAUGAAAAUGGACCAAAAGGAAUUAUCACGGCUGUUGCAAUAUCCAUUAUUGUUGGAUUUGGUUACAUACUAGGAAUUACUUUUGCAGUUACUAACAUCCCUUACCUGUUGAGUGAAGACAAUGAUGCUGGUGGAUAUGCCAUUGCUCAAAUAUUUUAUAUGGCAUUCAAGAAAAGAUAUGGCCAUGGAUUUGGGGGUAUUAUGUGCUUGGUGAUUAUUGCUAUUGCCAUAUUUUUCUGUGGUAUGAGUUCAGUUACCAGCAACUCAAGGAUGACUUUUGCUUUCUCAAGAGAUGGAGCCAUGCCAUUUUCAUCAUUGUGGCAUAAAGUUAAUAAGCAGGAUGUCCCUAUAAAUGCAGUUUGGCUUUCUGUUGUUAUAGCAUUUUGCAUGGCCCUAACGUCUUUGGGGAGUAUGGUAGCAUUUCAGGCCAUGGUGUCCAUAGCAACAAUUGGUCUCUACAUAGCAUAUGCACUCCCAAUAUUCUUCAGGGUGACACUGGCAGCAAAGUACUUUGUGCCUGGGCCUUUCAAUUUGGGCCGUUUUGGGCUCGUUGUGGGCUGGGUUGCAGUUCUAUGGGUUUUGACAAUCUCAGUACUCUUCUCACUGCCUGUUUCCUACCCAAUAACCAUAAAGACACUUAACUACACACCUGUGGCCGUUGGAUGUUUGCUAAUUUUAGUAGUUUCUUACUGGAUAAUCAGUGGUAGGCAUUGGUUUAAAGGCCCUGUAACCAACCUCAAACACUGAAGUUUAGUGAUUCAAUGAUGAAUGAAUAGUUCGGUAUAGAGCCGAGGUUAUUUGUGAAAA